CCGACGCACGUGAUCGACAGCGGCAGUCGCCUGCUUCUGACUUUCUCUACGAAUAUCUCUGCGGAAACAUGGUUCGUAAUUACGUAAGAAAAACGAAUCACAACACAUACGACAUAAAGACAAUAAUAAGUGCAUUGAAAACACUGAAAAAAACAAAAAAAUCAAUUACACAAGUAGCGAAGGACUACAACAUGAAAAUGUCAGCACUAAGUUAUCAUUGGAGAAGGCACAAUAAAGAAAAUAUCGACAUAGAGGAAAAUGUAAUGAAAAAACGUUACACCCUACGAGUGUUUUCUAACGCACAAGAAGAGGAAUUAUUAUCGUACGUAAUUAUGUGUGCGGAAGUGCAUUUGACAGUGGCUGCACGGUGGAUCCGCCAAUUAGCUUACGAAUUGGCCGUCGAAAGGAAAAUAGUGCUACCGCCGAAUUGGGAGAAGCACAAAAUAGCCGGAAAAGAUUGGUUUUUAAAUUUCAAAGACAGGCAUGCGAAGGCACUAGUUCAACUUAUCCCUGACACUCUGAUCCUCGAGCAAAUAAUGGGGACUCACAGAAACAAGGGGCUUUUCUUCAAAAAGAAUUACAAUCGAGUCUUGGCCAAGUACAAAUUUCAGCCAAAAGAUGUGUACGUACUAGAGCAAUGUAAAUUACAUGAGCCUGGCGCAUCGAUGCUGGCUGAGACGAAACGAGACGACAAGUCAAGUAAAAAGCAAGACGCUCCAAAAAGUUCCCCAUCGAAAGGUAAAUCGCUAGUCACUUUCGUCGGGACAGUUUCAGCAAUUGGCCAAUCGAUACCGCCAUUCUACAUUUUUUCGUACACCCGCUAUCAGAAGCACCAGCUGCUUCAAGAUGCUCCCCAGGGAAGCAAAGCCAAGUCGCAUCCGAGUGGUAUAAUGACAAAGAAAAUAUUUCUCGAUUAUCUGAGACACUUUGUCGAGUUUGUCAAAAGCAACGAUGACACGCCAGUAUUACUUUUAAUAGAUGACAAUCGAUAUCACAUUUCUUUGGCGAAUCUCAAAUAUGCCAAGCAACAUGGAAUAGUGAUAUUGACCUUUCCUCGGAGCACCACGAAUAAAGUUCAACUUCUCGAGCAGUGCAUGUGUCCGCCCACGGAGACUGGAAUCGCUGACGUGACAAUGAACGGGGAAUCUGAGAUUGAUGCGCAAAUGCCAAGCGUUUCGAAGUGCGAUUUAGUAUAGCACUCAUAGACGACUUAUCACGUUCUACUAAGUAAAUUUCUCAAUUCUUUACUUAAAUUGCUUGAUUGAUGAAAUUCGUCAAAAACGCGAUAAAUAUUUAACAAGCGUUUACGACGCAAGGUUCACUUAUAAUUUUAUUUCAAACGGUUUUUACAAAAUAGUUCUAAUGAAAACGCUAUUCAUCGAAAUCAUUUUCAUGCGGUUCUUUUGAUUUUAUUCUUUUAUAUGACAUCAAAUGCAUUUUUGCACUGCAAGAUUGUUAUUUACAAGCAUUAGAAUCAUUAUAUAUGAAAAAAUGCAACAAAUUGUACACAAUUAUAUAUUUUUUAUGUAAAACGUUCCAAGUCUAUAAAUUAAACAAACAUGCAUUAACAAUAACGAUAACAUAGUUUUUAAAAAGUCUAAGCUUGUGUUUUUAGUACAAAUAAGAUAUACUAGAGAUAUAUCAUAUUGUUUUAUUUUUCAUAAUAGGUGCUCUGAUCUCUAUAGUAAAUGUACGUACAUAUCAGAUGGUGAUUGUCAUAUUUAUUGUUAAUUUUACAUGUAAGCUGUGUGAGGAAGCUGGAAUAAAUAAAAUUUUAUAAUUUUUG